AUGCCGCAAUUUGGUUCUCCGGUGAACAACACAUACACGACAGACUCAGAGCACAACAGCAGCACCUCGGGAAUUCGACGGUACACUCAAGGAGGUCGCAAGCCAGGGAGGUCGUGCUCAGCAGACGACAGUCCGCCCGCGAGUGCGAAUGCGGGAGGGAGUAGUGCGGGCAGACGGCCAGAAUCCCUCUGCGUCUCUGCCGAUCGAUACGUGACGACAAGGCCGUGCUGCUCGUCAGCAGCGACGGCCACUCGGUGGUCGAGCGAUGGUGGGUGA